AUGGCAGUGACCCCGACAGAAGCGCCAACAACACAGGCCCGGGGAGCUAUUCCCAAGACUCAAUAUGCCACAGCGUACGAGUCGCGAUAUACAAAGCACUUUGGGCCUGGAAAUCAACUCUAUGGCCAUGUCAACUGCGGUUAUCUCUCGACACCCGGGCGCGCGCCGACACUCCUGGCUUUGAAGCAGCACGCACAGUCGUUGGCCAUUCUCAUUAGAAAUAUUUCGGUGAGCACGGCAUUUGGCGAGGUCAACAACAAGAACCGAGGCCGUGGGCACACGACUCGCGAGUUCAGAGAGAAUGAGGCUUUCGACUGGCUCAACGACCUCUCGCGGCCCUACACCAAUACGGAUGAGUGGCAUCAAAAGCCUCUGACGGAGCUCAUGAACCAAGUUCAGGGCGAAAAGAGUGGCCACCCACACCACCACUGUCCUCUUUCUACGCACGCCGACCUAGGACAGGACAGGGAGGGCCAGAGGCCACGACCAUAUGCUACCCACCAUGCGCUCAUAAUGCACGCGAACGAGUGCCUGGAGAUGCUUGAUCACGAAUACAGCGCCACGGGCGGUCUCAUGUCGCUGCUGCCGACAGACGCAGCGGCCGAUUCGGAGAUGCUCCAGGCGGCACGCAACACGCUGCUGGGCCAGUGGCUCGUCUUCAACCAGCACCUCGUCGGGCGCAUGCACGAGCUCGAGAUUGCGUACGGCAACUCGCUCGACGCACUGCGUGGAGAAGCCGUGGUCCCGAUGCAGAACCUCUCCAUGAUGGUGCCCCGAGGCGCGGGCGCGUCGUCAGGGGCGGGCAGCUAUGGGCGCGAGAUUGCGUAUCCGCAGGACCGGUGGAUUCUCUGCAACGCGGGCGACGACGUGUUUGAAUACGUGCACAAGGUGCUCGACCGGCAAGAGGCGCUGAUCGAGCCGCGGGAGAGGGCGUGGCGGGAGCACGGGGUCACGGGAGAGCGGAUGUGGCAGGAGCGGCGGGGCGGGGAGCAGCACGACGCGGGCCUCGUGGUGUGGGACGUCAAGACACGGUACAUCCGGCUCCGGGGCAAGGCGCGGUCGCCCAUCUUUGUGAUUCCGGCGCACGGCGAGCACCCGGGGGUGGCGGAGACGCGGCGGCUCGAGGCGGCGCCGGGGGUGGUGUCGGUGGUGACGCCGACGUGGCCGGCGCGGGUGUCGGACUGGGAGCAAAAGUUCCGAGACGCGCUGCACGAGGGCAAGAAGCGGUCGAUUGCCAACUUUGAGCUGCGGGCGGAGAACGACAAGCUGCGCGAGAAGACGUCGCUGCUGGAAGAGGAGCGGCAGAAGCUGCAGCAGACGACGGCGCGGUACGAGCAGUACUACUCGGGAGCCGAGACGGAGAGCGAGGUCAAGGCGGUCGAGGCGAGGAUGCGACGUAUGCACGACGACUUUAUCAAGCUGCGCAGCGAAAGGGAUGCGACGGUAGAGAGAGCAACGGCGACGACGGCAAUGGCGAGGCGGAUUAUGCAGAUACUCGAGAAGGAGAUGCCGGCGAAGUAUACUGAGCUCAUGAAGGCUUUCCCGGUGGGCGAGGAGGAGCAGGAAGGGCAAGAGAAGCAGGCCAAGUGGGACAAGCCAAAUGUGGAUGCCGCCGAGUUGCAACCUGGCGACUCGGACUCUGAAGGCGUAGGCAGUGACGAGGAGCAGGAGUAG